AUGCCUGUUGAUUCGAUUGAAAACAAACCUGUAUUUGAGCUGGGGCUCUCCCGCCAAGAGAAGGGGGAUCCUUCUCUCGCCAAGGAGUUUAGAAAUCUUGACAACUACAUGGAGAAGUCACCACGGCCCGCGACGGCCGGCAAUGUCGAAGCGCAGCCUGACGACGCUAAUGUCAGUGGCAGCGCAUCGUGGAAUGAAGCCCUCAACAAGGAGCUGCAAGAGGGCUUCACGAGCGCUGACCGCGCGGAUAUGCAGCGCAUGGGCAAAAAGCAACAAUUUCGAAGAAACUUUCGGCUCAUGUCCACGAUUGGCUUCACCACCUGCGUCAUGGGCACCUGGGAGAUUCUCCUCACGUAA